AUGCGUUGCAGCGACAAUCCUUUUAGGCUGAUUGGAGUUGGAUAUGUUGAGUGUACAUCAGCAGCAAUUCAAGCACUCACGCUAUUUAAGAAAUUAUAUCCUGGACAUAGGAGGGAAGAAAUAGAAAACUGUAUUGCUAAUGCUGCAAAGUUCAUUGAAAAGAUACAAGCAACAGAUGGCUCUUGGUAUGGUUCUUGGGGAGUCUGCUUCACCUAUGCUGGCUGGUUUGGAAUAAAGGGUUUGGUUGCUGCUGGAAGGAAUUAUGAAGACUGCUCUAGCAUCCGUAAAGCAUGUGAUUUUUUGUUAUCCAAAGAGCUUGCUUCUGGUGGAUGGGGAGAAAGUUAUCUAUCAUGUCAGAACAAGGUGUAUUCAAAUCUUCAGGAUAAUAGGCCACAUAUAGUCAAUACUACAUGGGCUAUGUUGGCCCUGCUUGGUGCUGGGCAGGCAAAGAGAGACCCAACUCCAUUGCACCGUGCAGCUGGGGUACUAAUAAAUUCUCAAAUGGCAAAUGGAGAUUUUCCCCAGAAGGCGUUGUUUCCCGGUAUAUGGUUGACAGAGGUCUCAGCUGAUUCGUUAAAGAUUCUUGAAUUCCCUGAAAAUGUCAAGAUCUGGUAUGGUUUUCUUGUAUGGAAGUUAUGGGCAUGAAUAACCAAAUCAUUAUGAGGGAGCUAUCACAUGUAAGAUUUAUUUCCCUAUAUAAAGAGGCCUGUGGAGUAAAGGAACUAGAGCGGAUGAGAAAAUGAAAUCUGAUAUGCCUCUUGAUUAUGCGGUUUUCCAGUUGUCACCCAAGCAUUCAAGGUGAGGAAAACAAGUCAGCAGGGAUAUUAUAUUUUCAAGUUUCUUGAUGAUGCCUAAAGAAGUUGAAUCCGGGGCUGAAAUUGAAGCUAUAUAGUUAUUGAUGUUUGUCUUCUUCUUUUUUCCUUUUGGCAGAUGUGAUGU